UAAAGAUAGUCUCUUUCACUUACACACCCAAAGAAAAAAACUUCACCAAAACCCCAAGAAAAUAUAUAGAAAGAGCAAAAGUUCCAAUUUUGAUCCAUACCCAAAUCUCAAAAACCACAAAAUCAUCUUCCCAAUUCACUAAUUUCUCAAUUUUUUCAGUUUUCAAAUUUCAAAAUUUUCAUUUUGAGUGAUAAAAAUGUCACCUUUAAAGAUGAAAGUGUUAGGAUUUAUGGUAAUAAUGCUUUCAAUUUCUGCAAUUGCAAAAGGGGAUGAAAAUGAAAAUGAAAAUGAAUCAUCAUCUAAGCCACCAAUAUUAGUGAAAAUGGUAAAGGGUAAAAAAAUGUGUGUUAAAGAUUGGGAAUGUAAUGUAUUGUCAAGAUUUUGUUGUAAUUUGACAAUUUCUGAUUUUUUUGAAACUUAUCAGUUUGAGAAUUUGUUUUCAAAGAGGAAUUCACCUGUAGCUCAUUCUGUUGGCUUUUGGGAUUAUAAAUCUUUUAUAAUUGCUUCAGCUCUUUUUCAACCUCUUGGUUUUGGUACUACUGGUGGUAAAUUUAUGCAGAUGAAAGAAAUUGCUGCUUUUCUUGGUCAUGUUGGUAGCAAAACUUCUUGUGGUUACGGAGUUGCCACUGGUGGACCAUUGGCUUGGGGCCUUUGCUAUAACAAGGAAAUGAGUCCUAGCCAAGAUUACUGUGAUGACUACUUCAAAUUAACUUACCCGUGCUCUCCCGGAGUCCGAUAUUAUGGUCGUGGUGCCUUGCCUAUCUACUGGAACUACAACUACGGAAAAAUAGGCGAAGCAUUGAAGGUAGAUCUGUUGAAUCAUCCCGAAUAUAUUGAACAAAACGCGACCUUGGCAUUCCAAGCUGCAAUGUGGCAGUGGAUGAACCCAGUCAAAAAGGGACAGCCUUCAGCUCACGAUGCCUUCGUUGGCAACUGGAAGCCAACAAAGAAUGAUACUUUGUCUAAACGAGUCCUCGGUUUUGGCACCACCAUGAACAUCCUCUACGGUGACAAUGUCUGUAACCAAGGUGAUAUUGACUCCAUGAACAACAUCAUCUCACACUACUUGUAUUACCUCGACUUGAUGGGCACUGGCCGGGAGGAGGCAGGGCCUCACGAACUACUCACCUGCGCGGAACAAAAACCUUUCAAUCCUUCUUCCUCCCCUGCUGCUGCUUCUUCUUGAUUAACUCAUAUGGGAUUCUAGACAUCCUACCUAUGAUUGCUGCUAUUAUUCUCGACGUAGACGUUGUCGUCCAGCUCCCGGUGUAAACUGUGUGUUUUGGAGUCAUAUAUAUAAGGAUUAAGGUUGUGUUGCCCCUGUCUUCUUGUGUCUUAUUGAAGCAAAUCUUGAUCAGUGCAAUACAUGCAGUGUAUCUGAAACUUUAGUCUGUAAUAAUCUUCGGUUUAGGCGCAUGUCACGAGUUCGAAUUUGGUCAAAGAGCUAAGGAGUGUGCCUAUUAUCAGAGCUGGAUGUAGAAUAUUCACUGUCAGGUUCAUCUAAAUUCAGUAUUUUUAGUGUGA